GGGUUGACGCGCACGUGACCAUUGUCGCGUCUCUGCCUGUCACCUGUCGUUCGGCUCCACCCAACUUCCAAGUGGGCAGUGUUAGCGAUGGCAGAAACUAAAAAGCUCGUCCAUUGGGCUUUGAAUGCCUCUGUGUCAGAAUUUGGCUCACCCUCAUCCGAAGCCUCCUCCUCAAGCUUUGCCUCGACACCGGGUCUUCAGUACAUCAACUCUCAACUCAUCGCACAUGGCUUCACCACCGCUCCUGGCCUAUCCCUGGACGGCAUAUCCAAGGCAAAUUCCGAACGUGUGGCAAAGUGUCUGCUUACCAUGCUAAGCCAGAGAGUGGAUGACAUGUCGCGUGCAGAAAAUCUCUCCACAAAAUUGCGCACGCUGUCUUAUGACCAUGAACGACUCAUGGAUAUGCAUAGUGUUUCGAAGGAAAAGGUUGCAAAUGCGGAAAGAGAAGUAAAUCAGUAUAAGUCGCGUUUAGCCUCAGAAACCCGAGCCCUUCGAUAUUCCGAAGCAAGCCAUAAGCAGACAGCAGCAGAGCUCCAGCGCAUCCGGACAUCGCUUCAGGGCCUCCGCGCCACGCAUGUCACAGAGCUUAAGAAGAAAGAGAAAGAGAUUGAACGAAUGAUAGAGAAGUGGAAUAAACUUGCAGACGCACAGUCUAAAGUCACCGCGGCUUCCUCGGGUAUAUCGAUUCACGGCGCAAAUGCAGAAAUCGUUUCAGGAUCCGACAACUUAGGGAAAGGCAAAGGAUAUCUUGAUGUCGCCCUUGAACAUGCGGAGUCGUCGCGGGCCGAACUGUUCGCUGAAUCUACGAGGCUCAGGCGCUUUGCCGUUAUUUGCGCAAACCGGAUACAGUCGCUGACGCAUAGAAUGCGUCUUGCACUGUCCGUUGAGGAAGAAGAGCCUCCGACUUUCAAUCAUGAUGCAUUGUUCCCGCUCUCUCCGAUCAACGCUGCGGAGGAGAGGCUGCUGUCCUUGUUCAGUUCAGCAGACAACACACUAGUCACGCUGUCUACACGAUUCUCAGAAAUGUCUCAUAUCAAUGCCAACCCAUCGGCCGUUCCCUCUGGCACCUUGGACAUAGCCGAAAGCGAAAAGUUGAGAACCACUAUUGAGAAGCUACAAGCUGAAUUGGAGAAAACACAGCUCCAGUGUGAAUCGCAAUCCGCAGAAAUACAAGCCCUGCUGAGCCGAGUUGCACAACAGGCCGCUUUGCUGGACUCGCGUCAUCUGGAUACCGAAGUAAAGUUUGCUCCAGAACGCGAAAGACUGGAACGAAUUAAGCAAGAGCUCGAAGAUGAACGGGCAAAGUUCACAGAAGCUGCCGUUACGCUCAUUAAAGAGAGAACUGCUUUGGAGAACGACCGAAUCAAUUUCUUGGAAGAGAAGCGGAUCUGGUAUCAGCAAAAUCAGACUGCAUCCUCCGCACCUCCACUGCUCUCCAGCCUAGUUAAGCCUGCUGAACCGUCGCAGAAGAAAUCACCACGAAAAUCACCGCGGAAGAAUAAAGUAGUUGGAAAAUCCAACACCGGACGCAAAGUGCGCACAUCCCGGAGAUCGUCCACCUUCUCGAUACCGCCACCUACGAAUGCCGAACCUGCGUAUGAGACCGAAGUGAUACCGGUACCUGUGUCUGCCCGGUUGUCCAGCGAUCAAGCUCAACCUACUACACGACAGUCCAUACUUCCAACAUCCUUUGUACUUCCACCACCAUCUCCUAGGACUUCCUUGCCCCCUCCUCCAAAUACUUUGCUUUGCCCUUCCAGGGAUGUCUCUUCAGGCAACGGUGUGCGCACAGACAACUCAUCCGAGAUAGUUCUACCUUCAUCUUGUCACCACCCCGUCGUGCAACCGAACGUACCUCAAACACCAUUGGCAAGUCAACGCCCCUUUCCGGUGGCAAAGCCUCUUGCACAACGCAUGACCCACGCAUACUCACCAACGAAACCCAGUCCACUCAGUCGCAUUCUUAUGCUUGGCGAGUCACCCGAAAGUGCAGAUUCGGUGCCUCUACCAGCAAUCAGGGAAGCUGAUAUAACGCCAACUAACUCAUCGAAGCCACUGUCCAACUACGAAGAGGACGACGAAGACAGUCCUUUGAAGGAGAAGAGGGGAGAGAAGAACGUUAAUGCGAACGACCAACGGGCAGGUGAAGUGGUCAUGAGCCUGCCAAAGGCGAAGAUACACCCUCAGACUAACGUUCCUGUGAAUGCUGGCAAAACCAAGACGAGGGGCUCACUCGAGAAGGAGAAUAGGGGAAAACCUUCACUCAGGGUACCUCCGGCCACGGCGCCGCAAGGAAAACUGUCGAGCAAUAGCAAAGCUGAGCCAUCAGCAAAGGGGGUGGUCAAGUCCAUCCCAAAACCGCCAGCAGGAAGAGGUGGUGCGAGAAGAGUUCCCAUCGGUAGCACAGAAGCCGCGCCUGGGUGGAAAGCGUGAUGGCAUGACCUUGACCUGUAGUGUUUGGGACCCAGUACGAUACCCACGACGAGACUUCGUUCUCACAUAUACUCGGCCAACCCGGGC